UUUGGACUUUAUUAAAUUACCCCCUAAAUCUAAAUUAGUAUAAUUAACUUUUACAAUCAAUUCUCAGGCACCUGCUAUGACCUACAUUGAGGAAGAAUAUGGAGCAUGAACAUAAUGAAACAUUACAGGAAGGUUUCUAUCUCCUUGCAUUAUCCAGCGAUGGAAAAGACAGUUGGCUAAUUUUUAUGGGACUGUUACUGAUGUACCUCCUGACUGUGCUGGGAAACAUGCUCAUUGUUAUACUUGUGAGUCUGGUAUCCCAGCUUCACACCCCCAUGUACUUCUUUCUGUGCAACCUGGCAGCCCAGGACAUUAUCUUUGUCUCUGCUAUCCUGCCAAAGUUGUUGGCCAUCACAGUUACAGGGGACACAAAUAUUUCUUUCCAUGGCUGCAUAACACAGAUCUUUAUCUUAGCAUUUUGUGUAGAUUUUUUCCUAUUGGCCACAAUGGCUUACGACCGAUAUGUGGCUAUUUGUAUCCCUUUGCGUUACUACGUCAUCAUGAACCUAAGGAUAUGUGUCCUGCUGGUGACAUCUUCAUGGAUUGUGUAUGUCAGUAAUGGAAUUUGCUUCUCUUUGCUUUUAUCUAAUUUAACAUUUUGCAAGUCACAUGAUCUGCAGUAUUUAUUUUGUGAUAUUAAAAAAAUCCUAGAACUUUCCUGCGGUAACAUCACACAUAUAGAGAAAGUGAUAACAGUUCAGGUGGUGUUAAUGGGAAUUCUUCCCCUUGUGCUAAUCCUAACAUCUUAUAUAUGCAUCAUAUAUGCCAUUCUGAAAAUCAGAUCAUCAGACGCCAGGCUUAAGACGUUCUCCAGCUGUUCCUCUCAUCUCACUGUUGUGUUACUGUUCUCUGGAACUGUCAUCAGUUUGUACAUGAAUCAGGAGUCUGAUGAUAAUCAUGAACAAAACAAUCUGCUUCCUCUGUUGUAUGUCGGUCUCGUCCCAAUGUUAAAUCCAUUAGUGUACAGCCUGAGAAAUAAACAGGUUUGGUGGGCUUCAAAGAUAGUAUAUGAAAAAUUCAAGGGUCAGAUGUUGAGCCUCUACAGCAACAAGCAAAAAUUGAAUUUACCAACAGUUUUGGUUUAAGAACAAAUAUUAGAUUGCUACCUGUACAUUAUCUAAAUAUAGUAUAUAGCAUUUUGAAGAUUGGGUCCCCCCCACCUUUAUUACUCAUGAACAAUAUUCAAAUGUAAAAAGUGUUGGGGAGCAAAACAAGCAUGAAAAAUGUUACUGGCUGGGGCAAAAUAUGCAACGUGAUUGGCCUUUAGUAACCCUUAUGUGUACUGUCAGCCCACGGCAGACUCUAAUUGGCA